AUGUGUAUAUUACUAGGAACCACUGCACAUCCAUUUUAUAAGUUAAUACUAAUUAGCAAUCGAGAUGAAGUGUUUGAAAGAGAAACACAUUCAACAUGUUGGAAUCAUAAUUCUACGAUAUUAUAUCCGUAUGAUAUGAGUAAAGAUAUCUGUCAUGAUGGUGGAGGAGAUGAGAGGUUUAAAUCAGAACAUGGUACAUGGUGUGGAUUAAAUAAAGAUGGCAAGAUUUGCACUGUUUUGAAUCUUUUAAAAGAAGAAGAGGCCAGGAGAGAUGGAGAUUGUAAUAAUUCAUUACAAUCUAGAGGGUUAAUUCCGAUUAAAUAUCUUUGUGAUUUUGAUCAUGGGUUUCAAGAUUGGAAUACGUAUGACAAGUUUAUCGAACAGAAUGGAUCUAUUGAUGGGAAAGUCGGGUUGUUUAAUUUGUUUCUUGGAGAUUUAAAGAGUAAUGAAUAUUCUAUUAUAAAUUCAAUGGGUCAAAGUCAACGAGUAUUAGAUGAGGAGAAUCCGUAUAUGGUGGUGAGUAAUAUUAAUUGGGGGGAUCCAAAAAAGAUGGGUGAAUGGAGUAAGAUUAAGAAUGGGAUCAAAUUAUUGGAAACUUUAAUAAAUGAUAAAUUGGAUAAUUCUAAUAAAGAUGAAUUGGAGAUAUUGGAAGAUUGUUUCCAAAUCUCAUCUACGAUAAAUUUGAGUGGUAAGAAGAUUGAUGGGAAUAUUGAACGACUUGAACAAACAAAGGAUUUAAUUUUUGUUCCACCAUUAAAGAGAAGUGAGGGGGAGGUUAGGGGAGAUGCCGGGGGAGAUGCCGGGGGAGAUGCCGGGGGAGAGAGUGUGAAGUAUUAUGGUACACGAUCUCAAAUAGUUGUUCUUUGUGAGAGGAAAUCUAAUAAAGUUACGUUUGUAGAAAGAAUUUUACAUUGUAAAAAUGAAGAUGCUAAAGAUAAUACGAAAAAAAUCCAGUGA